CGGUCCCAUGGAGACCCCCAUGCGGCCCUCGCUCUGGAGGGGGGUGAUCUCUGGAGUCAUCCGGGAUGGAUGGGGAGCCCCCAUCUGACCCCCAUCCCCGACCCGGUACAGAGUGCACCCCGUGCCCCUUGCAGUGGGGGGGAUGGCCCGUGCGACCCUCGCCCCUUUUGGGGAGCGGUCUGGGCUCUGGGUCCCCCCACUGUGGCUGGGGAGCCCACCAGCCUGACCCCCAUUCCCACCCCGCUUCCAUAGAGACCCCAGUGAGACCCUUGUCCCCGUUGCGGGAGGUGGUCUCUGGGUUCCCCUGCGAUGGAUGGGGAGCCCCAGCCUGGCCCCCCUCCCGGGCGUGGGUUGGCAUAGGAAGGCACCGUGGGCAGCCCUUGUGGGGGGCGGUGGCUGGAUGUGCCUCCCAGCCACAUCAGUGCCUGGGCACAGGCUGGGCCCAGGGUUCGUGGCUCCUGGGAGCCCCUGGAGCGCCCAGCCCAGCGGGGCCUGUCCUUGCUGCGGGGCCGUGCUGAGCAGUGGCAGCAAACAGCCCUGGCACCCUCUGCCCCAAAGCUCUGCCCUGGCACCUGCCCAGGCUUGGCUCUCCCUGUGUCCCCAGGGGCUCGGCCUUUAUGGUGUUGUCACCACGUGCAGGGGCAAAGUCUGUGGGGCUCAGCAGCUCUUGCUCUGUGAUCUGGCCAGUCCUUCUGACAGCCUUCCCCCUGUGUGUGGGGGGGUCUGGAGCCUCCUCAGGGCCUGGUGGAUGUAUGUAUCCCUGGACACCAUGUGCUGCUCUUGAGGAUCUGGCCCCAUGAGAGAAAGGUGCAGCCCCAUGGGGCUGAAGCUGCCUUGGGCUGCUGCGGGAGGCCCCACUCUGUGGAAGCCUCCCCAUGUGGGCAGUGUAGCUGUGGCCAACAAGGUGUCCUGGGGAGCAUCAAGUACCUCCUGUGUGGUUUGUAGAGGUAGAAGGAGGCCUGGCGAGGCAGGGAGCUGGCUGUGGUGUGUGCCUGGCAUGGCAAAAGGCCCUGGCAGUCAGAUAUGCUUGUGUGGGCAGAGGCAGCACUGGACGUGGUCUGUGUCAGGUGAUGGUGGAGGAUAGGAUUUUUGACUGAGUGCUGAGGGAUGGUUCCUGGAGUCUCUUUUGAUGAGGAUGAGAGCUGCUUCAUUUGUGCUCUCCUCUUCUCCUGCUGUGCUUCCAGCUAUGGCUUUUGUUCUAGGCUAUAACUUCUUUCCCUUUCAUUGCAGCUGCAAUCCCCAAGAAAACUUUUAAUCUGCAUUUUCUUACCUAACCCUGCCUAUCCUGGGAUCAAAGCUGGUGAUAAGAGCAUAGCCCUGUUGUUAUUGUGAGCUCAGCCUUAUUAAAGUAAUAUCCACAGUGUACAGAGCUGUAACCACUAACCUGAACCUCACAGCUCUGUGGUGCAUAUUUGCACAACCUCUUUUCUCUCUGCACCUGCUCACAUCCCUCUCUCUGUGAGUGCCUUUUCUUUGGAGGAUGACAGUAGCAACAGAUUCUUCCACAUCUCUGGCAGCCAGAGCAAGGGCCCAGGCCGAGCCCAUGGCCUCACUUUGGGAGCAAAGCCCCUUGUGUGAUAUCUUUAUGGAUGUCUUGUGGUCAGUGAUGCUGGGAUGUACAACUCUGAUGGACACAGACGGAAGCCUUGGUGCAGAAGGGUUAUGGUGAAAGCAAUCCAGUGGAAGUAUGGAAUAGGCUGCAGCUGUGACAAUGCAUUUGUUAGCUUAGCAAAGGCAGCACCAGCAGGGUUUCAUUGGAUUUGUGUUUUAGUCUCAGUAUCGUGUUUUGUUAACUUCUUCCUCUGCUGAUGGUACACGUCAGGAAAUAGCAGUGUUUGAAACCAUCCUCACCAGUCCUGCUGGUCAUGGGCUCUGGUGGUGUCUCCUGGCCACUUGCUUUGAGCGUGCUCUGCUGGCCCAGCCCUGGGCAGCCCAAAGGGAAAGGAGUUGGUCUCUAGACGGGGUGAGAUACUGCUCUGUUCAACACAGCAUUACCCAGGGCCAGUUUGAACAGCUGCACGUGAGGUGAGGCCUCCCAGCGCUGAGAUCCCUCCCCAGCACUUUGGUGGCAGGCACCUUGCAGAGGGAUCUGGGACUGUCAGUGAGGCAGAGGAGACAACUCACAUUGUGUUUCCAGUAUUUUGGCUCUGCAAGGCCUCUUAAGGAAAAUGAGAUGUUUUGCCCUCAAAGAUACAUCCUCUCAGAGACUCUGCCCUUUUGUCUUCUCUCUCUUCGCUGUGCAGUAGGGUUUAUUCACAGAACCACAGACAGAUUUGGGUUGUACGGGACCUCUAGAAGUUUCUGGUCCAACUGACCUCCUGCUUGCAGCAGAGCUGACUUGAGGCCUUGUUCAGGGCUUUGUCCAGUUGGGUUUUGAGGACCUCCAGGGAGUCCGUGGCCUGUUCCCAGACUGCAGCACUCCUCUGGAGAGUCACCUGCUGUCCUCUCCAUUUGUCUGUAGCUGCUUGUGGGACGUGCCAGAACUUUGUCAGGUGUUCUGAUGCCUUCCUGCAGUAUUUGGGCAACAGGUAGAGAGACGUGAUGACCAUCUGUUUUUUACCACUUCCAGGUCUUUUACUUUUUUUAAUCAUUGUCUUAAUAUCAUUAAGGCACUUUGGAUACACACUGCUCAAGCAUGCUGUACCUCCGAGUACUUUUUGUUGUGCUUCUGAUAGUACUUCCAAAGCUUUUUUACCCACUCACCCCCUUCCCAUGUGUUUAACGCUAUUUUGGCUGUACAAACACCAGGAGAAUUUUCUCUUGGACUUGAGUGGAGUUGGUUCUUGAAGCUGAAUUGCUCUCCAGAUAGCAUUGCUGCUAAGGGUGAACUUAGACUUGUUACUCCUUUCUGUGUUGCAAAGCCUUGGUACUUAGUGCUUGGGGAGGAUCCUGGUCUUACAAGAUGUGGGGGGAUCCAAGCCAUUUCAAAGUGCUGCCAGGAUGGCAUUCUGGAUGGAUGAGGAUGCUCCUGUUGGCUGUCGUAGCAUUUACUGCUCUGGUUAGCAGCAGAUGAUGCCGAGAUUGAGGAAUGUUGUCAGUUAUAUUUGAAGUGUUGCAGGGAGUCUCCUGGUAAACCUAAUUCCAGGCAGUUCUGUGAGAUUUCUGAAAAUUGUCCUUCUUGCACUUUCUUGAAACUGAGGUGAAGUUUCUGGAAUGCAAGCUCAAAAUCCAGUUUGGUCAUUCCUGCCUUUGAGGAAUUUACAGGAGACUCGUGGUUGUGUUUUGCAGCACCAGCUGCUCAGUGCUGAAGGAUUUAGGCUUUCUGGGUUCAGGAUGACUGUGAUACUACAUUUGAGGCCUGCAGCCCUGAGCUUGGGCUCUCGCUGUAGAAAAAUCUAGUGGUGAUCUCUCCUGGCUUUGGGACUAUCAAGAAACAAUUGCUGGAGUCUUGAUGCUGCUGGUGAUGUUCUGGAAAGGCCCUUUUUUGCCCUGUGUACCAGUUCCUGUUUUGUAGACAGUCCCAGUCACACGUGAAGACUGGCCUGAAGGGGAUGUGGUGAAAGAUGCUGCAGUUUGCACUGAUUGAGAACCAAUAAUACAUUUGGAGGUGAGACAACGUUCACCAAACCCUCCCUGCAAAGCACAAGCUGAAGGACUUGACCAGUGGCAUCUGCAGGAGCUGUAGCUGACUUGGAUUCCCAUCUUCUAAAUGGAUUCCAGCGAAUUUUCAGGAUCUUUGGACCCCCUGUCCUUGCCUGACAAACCACUCAUUGGUGAUCUCCCUGCUGACAUGGAGUUUGGUGAAGAUCUCCUGGGCUCCCAAACAGCUUCUACCCAGGAAGCUUCAGUUCUUCAGCCCCCUGGCUGGGAUCAAUCCAAGCAAAUGACUACAGACGAGGACUUGGACCUUGUAAUGAAAGCAGACAGCCUGUCUGAUCUAAAUAAAUCAAAUGACCAUGUUCUAGAUAAACCUGUUGUAUUGGAUAUGCUGGAGAAACCUGAUGUCUUAGAUGACUUGGGUAAAACUUCUGACUUGGUGGAACUAGGUAAACCAGAGGCUCUGGAUGGGCUGUGUAAGGCACAACCUUCCCAGGGCAUGGAACGUGGACCGGCAGACUCCUCUGCCCUGUCUAGAGAAGCCCUUGGUCCAGAAACAGGGAAAGAAGGGGAGGAUGCACCAAAAAAUUGUUCUGGGGAUGUAAAGGAAGAUGGUGCUGCUGCUAUUCCUGCACUGUCUGGUGACAAUGCCCCUGAAUCACCCCAACAACCCGUCUCUGACUCCGGGAACCUCAGCAGUGCCUCAGCCACAGAAGAAACCACAGCACAGUCCUCGAGUCCCACAAUGCCCCCCCCACCCCAACUCAGUCUUAAACAAACAAAAAAGAUGAAGUUGAAGGCACCAAGGAAAAGCUCACCUGUGCAGAGGGAAGGGCUGGCAGGGGAUGCAGAGGUGGAACUGAGCCCAGACAACAGAACUGCAGCUUUGCCCCCUGAGCCUGUGGAGGAAAACCGGGCUGAGGAAGGGGAUGCUAAUGGGAAGGACUCACUUAAAGAAAACAGUGUACUCAAAGCACAGGAAGCCUUACCACCAACAGGAGAAAGCCUGUCUGGGAAGGGAAGCGAGCUGCCAGCUGAGAAGGAGCAGAAAAGAAGCGAACGACCUAGAAGAUCAGAAACUGCCAGGCCUGAAACUGUGAACUCCUCUGAGAGCAUUCCGGUCUCUGACGAGGACUCUGAUGCAAUGGUGGAUGAUCCCAACGACGAGGAUUUCGUUCCUUUCCGUACCCGGCGCUCCACUCGGAUGUCCCUGCGCACUCAGAUGGCGCAGCGAGCCGCCCGCUCCACCUUCACCAAGAUGACGUGUGCCAACUGCCGGACCCCGCUGCAGAAGGGCCAGACUGCCUACCAGCGAAAAGGGCUUCCUCAGCUCUUCUGCUCCAGCUCCUGUCUCACCACCUUCUCAAAAAAACCACCCGGCAAGAAGAUAUGCACCUUCUGCAAAAAGGAGAUCUGGAACACCAAGGACUCUGUGGUUGCCCAGAUUGGUUCAGGUGGCUCUUUCCAUGAGUUCUGCACCUCUGUCUGCCUUUCCCUCUACGAGGCCCAGCAGCACAGACCAGCACCUCAGUCUGCAGAUCCCUCAGACACCAGCCGCUGCAGUGUUUGCCACAAACCUGGCGAGAUCCAGCACGAGGUCAGCAAUGGGAACAUGGUUCACCGCAUCUGCAGUGACGCCUGCUUCACCAAGUUCCGGGCCACCAAGGGGCUGAAAACGAACUGCUGUGACAGCUGUGGACUUUAUAUCUACAACAAGGGCUUGCCCCUGGAGUACCUCUUCCAUGAAGGCCAGCAAAAACGCUUUUGCAACUCUGCAUGUCUCAACAGUUACAAGAAGAAGAACACUCGGGUCUACCCCUGCAUGUGGUGCAAGACGCUGUGCAAGAACUUUGACAUGCUGCCCAACGUGGAUCGCAGUGGCAAGAUGGGCCUGUUCUGCUCCAUUUGCUGUACUACCUCCCACAAAGUGAAGCAGUCAGGCUUAGUUGGUCCCCCUAGACCCUGCAGCUUCUGCAGAAAGAGUUUAUCUGAGCCCUGCUAUUACAACAAGACAGACCGGGUUGUCUACCAGUUCUGCAGCCCCAGCUGCUGGACCAAAUUCCAGCGCACCAGCCCGGAAGGUGGGAUCCACCUCAACUGCCAUUACUGUCACAAUCUUUUCAGCGGGAAGCCGGAGAUCCUAGACUGGCAGGACAAGGUGUAUCAGUUCUGCUGCAAGGACUGCUGUGAGGACUUCAAGCGGCUGCGUGGGGUGGUGUCUCAGUGUGAACACUGCAAACAGGAGAAGCUGCUGCAUGAGAAGAUCCGUUUCUCCGGAGUGGAGAAGAACUUCUGCAGUGAAGGGUGUGUGCUUCUUUACAAACAGGAUUUCACCAAGAACCUGGGCCUGUGCUGCAUCACCUGCACCUACUGUUCUCAGACCUGCCAGCGGGCGGUCACCGAGCAGCUGGAGGGCAGCACCUGGGACUUCUGUAGUGAAGACUGCAAAAGCAAAUACUUGCUCUGGUACUUCAAGGCAGCUCGGUGCCAUGCCUGCAAGCGUCAGGGGAAGCUGCUGGAAACCAUCCACUGGCGGGGGCAAAUCAAACACUUCUGCAACCAGCAGUGUCUGCUGCGAUUUUACAAUCAACAGAACCAGCCCAACCUGGACACGCAGAAGGGGCCCGAGAGCCUGCUGAACAGUCAGACUUCAGAGCCAAAACCAGCUGUCCCUUCCCCACAGAAGGCAGAAACUAACAUGCUGUCAGCAAAGGCCUCCUCAGCCCAAACAUCUCCAGCUGUGCCGCCUCCCGCCCCACCUCUGGUUCCAGCCACCCCUCGGAAAAACAAAGCUGCCAUGUGUAAACCACUGAUGCAGAACCGGGGUGUCUCCUGCAAGUUUGAAAUGAAAUCCAAAGGAUGUCAGACAGAGGCUGACUGGAAGCCCCAGCUGGUUGUGUUGCCAAUCCCCGUCCCGAUCUUCGUGCCUGUGCCUAUGCAUAUGUACUGCCAGAAAGUACCUGUGCCUUUCUCCAUGCCUGUCCCGGUGCCUGUGCCAAUGUUCCUGCCCACCACACUGGAGAGCACAGAGAAGAUUGUGGAGACCAUUGAGGAGCUGAAGGUGAAGAUCCCCUCCAAUCCCCUAGAGGCUGACAUCCUGGCCAUGGCUGAGAUGAUUGCAGAGGCUGAGGAACUGGACAAGGCCUCCUCGGACCUGUGUGAUCUGGUGAGUAACCAGAGUGCAGAGGGUCUCCUGGAGGACUGUGAUCUGUUUGGACCAGCACGGGACGAUGUGUUGGCUAUGGCUGUCAAGAUGGCAAAUGUCCUGGAUGAGCCGGGCCAGGACCUGGAGGCUGACUUCCCUAAGAACCCUCUAGACAUCAACCCCAGUGUGGAUUUCCUCUUUGACUGUGGGCUGGUGGGACCAGAUGAUGUGUCCACAGAGCAAGAUCUGCCUCGAGCUGUCCGGAAGGGGCAGAAGCGCCUGGUGCUCUCUGAAAGCUGUUCCCGGGACUCGAUGAGCAGCCAGCCCAGCUGUACAGUCCUCAACUACUCGUACGGUGUGAAUGCCUGGAAGUCCUGGGUACAGGCCAAGUAUGCAGGGGGAGAGACCAGCAAGGCAGAGGAGCUACGCUUUGGCCCCAAGCCCAUGAGGAUCAAGGAAGACAUCUUGGCCUGCUCAGCAGCUGAGCUCAACUACGGCCUGGCCCAGUUUGUCAAGGAGAUAACCAGGCCCAAUGGGGAGCGCUAUGAACCGGACAGCAUCUAUUACCUCUGCCUUGGCAUCCAGCAGUACCUGCUCGAGAACAAUCGUAUGGUGAAUAUAUUUACAGACCUUUACUACCUGACCUUCGUGCAGGAGCUGAACAAGUCCCUGAGUGGCUGGCAACCCACAAUCUUACCAAACAACACAGUUUUCUCCCGUGUCGAGGAGGAGCACCUCUGGGAGUGCAAACAGCUGGGUGUUUACUCACCCUUCGUGCUUCUCAACACCCUCAUGUUCUUCAACACUAAGUUCUUCGGGCUGCAGACAGCAGAGGAGCACAUGCAGCUCUCCUUCACCAACGUGGUGCGCCAGUCCCGCAAGUGCACCACGGCCCGUGGCAUGACAAAGGUGGUGAGCAUCCGCUACUACGCUCCUGCCAAGCAGAAGAAAAGCCGAGGUGGGUCUGGGGGAACAUCUCUGUUCCUCCCCCUGUGUCCCCCAUCGAGAUCCAGCCAUGAUCCAGCUCUCUCCCCCUCUGCAGAUGGCGGCUCUGGAAAACGGAAGCGUGAGGAGGAGGUACCGAUGCUGGAGCAGCGGGAGAACAGGAUGAAUCCCCUCCGAUGCCCAGUCAAGUUUUAUGAGUUUUAUCUCUCCAAAUGUCCCGAGAGCCUGCGGAACCGCAAUGAUGUGUUCUACCUGCAGCCCGAGCGGUCGUGCAUUGCCGAGUCCCCGCUCUGGUACUCAGUGAUUCCCAUGGACCGCAGCAUGCUGGAGAGCAUGCUGAACCGCAUCCUGGCCGUCAGGGAGAUCUACGAGGAGCACAGUCGGCUCAGCAGCAUGGAGGAUGACAUGGACUAAGGGCGAGGUGCUGCUGGACUGGCUGCUCUCCAGCCCUGGACACCUCCUCUUGCUGCUUCCCAUUGCAGGGCAGAGGCUACGCAGCAUAGGAGGGGAUGGUGCUGCAGCAGUGCUGUCCCUGCAUCAUUACCAGACUUGGACCUCCCAUCCUGCUCGUUUCAGGCAUCCCCUACGUACAUGGCCCCCACACUCAGCUCUGUCUGCAGUUUUGGCUGCUGGGUGAGCCAUCUUCCCCAGGGCCAGUUCCCAUGGCACAGGAGUGGCAGGGUCCCUGGGGCAGCUCCCCUUGCCCAGCACUGUCUCUCCCCUACCCCCAGCCCUGCCACUACCCCUGUCUCCCAGUGCCCCAGGGCAGGAAUUGCACAGGACCAGUGCACCAUCAGACCAGCGGCCCCUGAAGCUUUUACUUCCCUCUUCCUUUAGCAUUCCCUCACAAGGCUGGAGGUAUCAAGGCAGGAACAGUAGCUCUGCUGGUGGGGCAGGACUGUCUUUUUGAACCAGUGGCCGUGGGCCACAAGCAGCCUGAGAGCUGUUGGGUUAGGGGGAGAGCUCUUGUCCCAGGGUGGGAGAGAUUUGGGUUGGUUGCAGGGAGGGGAUGGAGCUCAUGCCAGAACUUGUGGGCAGAGAUCUGGCCUUGCCACAAGGGACACCUCCCUUGUGUGCAGCCAGGAUGCCUCCCUCUCUUUGGUCAGUGUUUCUGGGUCUGCUGAAAACUGAUGGAGAUGGGUCUGGGGCAGUGCUACCCCUCUCUCCCCACUGUUCCCUGUCCUGGUGUAAGGACCCUCCCCUGUGCAAGGUACUGUCAGUGGGAACCUCUACUCCAGCUAGGGGCUUAGGCAUUUGCUGGCAGAAGCAGAGAGCCCUGCCUGGCCUCCCCCUCCCUCCCACAGCCACAGGCUGCCAGUGCCCUGCCCCAGGCAAGUCUGGCUCCAGUUGUGCCACUCCCUGCUGCCUCCUGCCCCUUCUCGUGUUCUGGUUGGUUUUCUUGAGCUGUACAUGGGUCUCCUGUUGAGCCUGUAUAUAUUGUUCUGGGCCCUGGCCUGGGGCCAUCUGUUCUCUGUGUCCAUGUGGAGAGUGAGCUGCUCACCAGUCUUGUUGUAGUGAUGCCAGGGCGGUAGGACUAACCCUGUGUCUCUGGAAACCAUUCAUUUCAAAUAAAGAUGUGGAAAACUU